CAGCUCCAAAAUGCAGGUGUUUCAGCCUAGCUCAGUGCUUUCUGUGGUGUUGGGGCAAGCCAGCAGGAAAUACAGAGCGUUGUGCCGUGAUUGGCUCCGUUUUCUGUCACUCAUGGAGACACUACAUCACCGCCAAGUCUAAGUAGAGCUACAAAAUUCUAGCCCCUUGGGUGCUCCCAUAGAGUUAAAUUAGAAGUGCCCAUCCAAGAAGGCUCAAGGUCAUUGGCCAGAGAUAAAAUAAACGAGCUCAGACUGGGAAUUGUAAAUCUGGCCUCUUUCUAGAGCUCCGACCUGAAGAUCAAUGACGUCAUCAUGAUUUGACCUUGUUUUUUCUGAGUUCCCAGUUGUUUUGAAAGCACCAUAAAUCCAGAGAAUGCCAGACUUUGAUGACAAAAUCUGCCCACAAGAAGGACUGCCGUGCCAACUUCCUGUUCAAGUGAGCACAGCACAACAAGACCUGGCCUUAAGACUACAUAUAGCCACUAUGUCACAAUGGCUCGGAACAUCCCUCGAGGGUCUCACCAAGACUUGGAGAAGCUAAUCAGAGGAGAGGAGAGCCCUUACAUGCUGCCAGGAGGAACAUUUGUCGGACUCCUUUUCCAAAACACCUGUGUUCUGAGCAGUCUAUUGGCCGGAAUACAUAUAACAGCAACAAGAUUUAGCAAAAUCAAAGAUUAUUUAAUGACAGACAACACAGUUGGUGCAGUCAUAACUUUUCUCGAUAACAAAAUGUAUAAUGAGGCGAUGGGUCUUUGGCUUAUUAAUUUAGAUUUGCGCGUUGGAAGAAAACAAUACUUUUCCCAAAACGGAUAUCUAGAUUGUAGAGGCUAUGUCGAAGACUUCCUACCAAAUUUUGAUGACCUGACAAAUGUCAAAUAUGAAGACGACAACAACGAUUGCGAUAUGAGCCCCUCAGCUCGCAUUUACAAUGGAACACUGAGCAAUUUUAAGGUAUAUGGUUACGUUUACAUCCUGGACACCGUAAUUGACCCUAAACUCAUCCUGGUGAAUAUGCUUGGCCGAAUGGGAAACGGAUCUAUUCCUCCGUAUGUCAUCACGGAUGACUUUUCAAGGAAGUACGAGCUUCAGUUCCUUUUGCUGGGUUUGAUCACAGCAGAGAUGAAUCACAUGGUGGUGUGUGUUAAACUAGAAGGAGGGCGAUGGAUGCUGUAUGAUAACUCGGGAACGCCCCAAUUCCAGGACUUCAACAUGGACAUAGAAAUGAAGAAAUACGUUGUUUACCUCGCUGCCUACGUGAAUUUGAACAGUGCAUAUCCAGAGAAACAAGUGCAAGAAUCAGAGCAAGUAAAUGACCUCCUCCUGCCAGUGGUUGUAACAGUCAACAACCGUCGAGCAACAUCCCCAUUCAGACAGCCGGUGGAAGAAACGACCAUCCACCCCCUGCCGACCUGUCAGCAGCAAUGAGAGAAAGAUGCUUCCCCCCAAGGUCUGUUCCUAACCAUAGUGUGACUGCAGUUUUUGUCUCUUUCCACUGUCAUCAUAGACUUGUUUUAAGGGGGAUUUGGCAUUAGACUGAAAUAUUUGAUAAAAAUGUGUUUAACACAUGGGUCGGUGACAGUAUGAGCCAUCGCAAACAAACGAGUGUUAGGAGAGAAGAAAUUGAUAAGCCCUUGUCAAGCACAAUUGGGAUACUAGCUGAGAUUCAGCAUCACGGACAGCAAGAUUAAAUCAUCACGACAUUUGACAUUCAAAACCACAGGGCAUUUUUAGCACUCUUCAUUUUUAUAUCACUCUUAGGCUUUCGUUUCAUUGUAGACUAGGCUGCAGGGAUGGUAACAACACAGCUAACUUACACACAAACAUGCAGCCUGUACGAGAUGUAAACAUACCACUUUCCCGCCACAGCUGAAUCAACUGUUAAUGUGUGGUAGGGAUCAGAGACACUUUCCUUUGUGCAACUUGACUGCAUUCCUAACAAGUUGUUUUUUAUUUUUUAUUAUGAAAUCAUUUUUCAUGUCGUCUAUAUUAUGGAAGACCGACCCGAUUUAACAAAAUAUGUGUUGAAUGACUUGUAAAUGUUUGUUUUAUCUUUGUCUCUCCCCUGUGGAAGUGGAAAGCGCAGAGGAGUGUGGCUGAGGGCACCCUGGCCUGAAUACACCCAGACAUUCAUUGCCUGAUCCCAGUCCUAUGGAACCCCUGCUGACCAAGUCCACCUGGUUGUGCUGCUGAUCCCAGUCCUAUGGAACCCCUGCUGACCAAGUCCACCUGGUUGUGCUGCUGAUCCCAGUCCUAUGGAACCCCUGCUGACCAAGUCCACCUGGUUGUGCUGCUGAUCCCAGUCCUAUGGAACCCCUGCUGACCAAGUCCACCUGGUUGUGCUGCUGAUCCCAGUCCUAUGGAACCCCUGCUGACCAAGUCCACCUGGUUGUGCAGGCUCCACUGGACCGACCUGCCCCUUAAGCCGCUACACCCACCGUGUCUUUAUUAAAAGCUAUCUGACAACAGGGUCUUGAAGUAUUGGAAAUCUCUAUCCGGUACAGCCAGAAGAGGACUGCCCCCCCCCCCCUCACAGCCUGGUUCCUCUCUAGGUUUCUUCCUUUUAGGGAGUUUUUCCUAGCCACUGUGCUCUCGCUUAUGCUUUGCUGUUUGGGUUCUGGGCCGGGUUACGGAAAAGUACUUGACAAUUGCAGAUGUAAAAACGGCUUUAUAAAUAAAUUUGAUUGAUUGAUCAAAAACA